GCCGUGUUGGUGUGUGUUGGUGUGGCCAGGAUAGGGCAUUCGUUCAUAUCAAUAUUGCCCUAACAUUUAUCAUAUUUUUCAUAAUGCACCUCUGGCAAGAAACAAGCGUCAGUUUCUCAGUCUACGUUCAUUGAUCUUGAUAAGCCUUGCACCAAUGUCGUCAGAGGCUGUCACAGGUGGAGCAGUGGCAGAUGCCUCAGUUUUCUCUGUCUCUGAUCGGGUGGUGUGGCUGGGCAGCCUGGGCACUCGUCUGGGCACCGUCCGCUGGUUGGGCGAGCUGCCCCAGCUGCGCUCUGGCACCACUGUUGGCAUAGAACUGGACUACGAGCUACCGCGCGGUGGAACGGACGGGUGGCACGAGGGCCGAUUUCUGUUCCGAGCGCGCGCCAAACAUGGCCAGCUGGUGUCACCCCAGGAGUUGGUCCUGGAGCACCGCUACUUUGGAAAGCCCGACCCAGCCGCCUCGGAGCAGCCACAGCCUCCGGUUCCGGUGCCUGGACCAAAUCUCACUGCCCGGGAUCUCAUUGAGGAUGCCAUGGCGCGGGUGGCGGCCGAGCAGCGGGUGCUACGGGACCGCGGAAGGCGACCGGAGGAGACUGGCGAGGUGCUGGUGGGGGAGGGAGCCGGCCCGGCGGCGUAUGGAGCGCCGCUGACCAUGCUGGAGCCCCCCUGGAGAGUGGCUGCCGCCCAGGCCGCCGCGAGGGGACACAAGAGCAAUGUCGGCCCGGCACGCGGCAGACGCGAGACCAAGUCCAAAUCCAAGUCUCCGGCGCGCACCCAGCGAGUGAAGAGCCCUCCGCGGAGUGGUGGCACCGCCAGUCCGCCGGCCAUGCCUCCGGGCGGUCUCAGACUGGGCUCCCCGGGGCCCGGCGGCGACCCGGGCUCCCAGCGUGGCCUGUUCUCGCUGCUGCGUCUGUUCCGGCGGCGUCGCUCGCUGUCGGCCGAACGGCGCCGAGCUGUCACCGGCUCACCGCCGCCGAGCCGGCCUGCACGGGCCUCCAGUGAGGACCGCACUCUCAGCUACCGGCCGCGCAAGAGGGCCGCGCCGCCGCCGCCGGUCGGCAGCCAGCAGCAGCCCGGUCGGCCGGCGCGGACCGGCACGGCGCGACGCGGGGCCGCCGCUGAUCGGACCCGACCAGCGCCCUCCGAUCAGGUGCGCCAUGUGCGCGGGAAGCGGCGUGCUCCGCCACCGCCGGCCGCCGGGCAGUUCUGUAGUCUACAGCCGCCGGGCCGUGCCGAGCCGCCGACACCAACCGCGCGGAGUCUGGACCGAACCACCAGCCGACAAACGGACACCCUGGUCCUGGAGGGAGGUGUCUUGCGACCUCGGACUCGUACUCCAGAGGAAACCAGGGGCUCAGCACUACCGUCGGACUCAGCGCAGCAGUCUGCCGCCGAGCGGACCCCAGAGCCGACUCCCCGCGCGGGGACCCUAUCACGCCUCUCGGUGGCCGCCGGUCCUCGGCUUUGGUACAAACGGAAGAAACCCGAAGAGAGCAAACCCUCGGACGCCCGCGAGCGGCGCGGCCGCAGGGACCGGCGCAGUCGCAGUGAGCGUGCCGCCGAGCCGGACGGAGAGCUGGACUGGCUGGCGGACAUGGUGUACGCUCGAAGCAGCGCGGCGCCGCCGGAGGGUACGGUGGAGAGGCGACUGCAGGUCCUCCGCCACCUUGCUGACCAGGAGGAGCGCUCAGAGCCGUCCCCACCGCCUCCGGCACCGGCUCCGGCUCCAGCUCCGGCUCCGGCUCCGGCUCCGGCCUCCUCCCUGACGCCCGCAUCAGCCGAGUCUCCGCUCCAGCGUACGGGAUCGUCCACCAAACCCACCGAGCCACCCAAAAGCGACCCUGAGCCGCCACAGCCGCCGCUCCCGGCCAAGAACCGCAGUCCUUUGAGAAGUCUGUUCGGCCGCGAUCGCUCGCCGAAACAGUCCUCAUCUCGUGGUGACCCGGCCGCCGCCCGGCCGCGGUUCUCAAUGUUAGCAAACAUCAGUGCACUGGAUCGUGAGGCGGCCCAGCUGAUUGAAGGGCGGGCUGAUCAGUCGGCUACUCUGCCGUCACACUCGCACCUGGGCGGCGCUCUAGGCGGAGUGGACGAUGAUUAUGGUGCACAAGGAGACGAUGGGACGCUGGUGGCGAGUGGGAAAUCUCACGCCGAAAUGGAGCGUGAGAAACGUGAGACGUGUCAGACGAUAGCGAUGCUGGUUAGGGAGAAGUUUGAGGAGAAGGGAGAGGAGACAGAGACUGAGAAGUGCUCAGCGUCGGCAAGUGUGGGAUCUCCGAAAGGAUCGGCGCUGGAAAGGGGAGCCGCUGGGGGUGUCAAAUCGAGCUCGCCGGAGGUAGCGAAGCAGGGAUUGAAGACGGAGAGAAGUAGGGUCUCGUGUGGUGCGUCGAGUGCAACAUCGGGUUUCAGUGAUAAGACAAAGAAAAGUGAUGAAACUAAGACAAACAAUGCAAAGGUGCAGAAUGUUUCUAGCCCUGUAUCACUGCGCUCUGAUUCUGCAGCUCAGAAAAACAACAGUGUUACUCAGUCCCCAAAACAAGCAGCUCCGCCGUCGAAUGUCUCUCGAGGCAAAAUGGUGCGUCAAGAAAGCUACCCCGCCGACAGAAACCCAUUCGACGAAGGGCCUCAACCGAGCGGGAAUCCCUUUGAAGACGCGGACGAGCCCGUGCCCAGGUCGAAACAGCACGGCGUUUAUGACAACGUCGUGCUGGCACCGGUCCAGUCGACCAACCCGUUUGACGAGGAUGAGUACCCGGACACGAUGAACCCGUUCGCAGAUGAUGUGGACGCAGAGACUGAGCCGGCGGCGGCGGCGGCUGAGUUUGCUCCGUCCGCGCCGCGGCAUGAGGACAGUGCCGAGAGGUGUGUCAAACCAAGUCAGCCACCAGUGAAGGAAGAGGAAAUGGUAAAGACCACUCAGCCGGUGGCAUCCAGUGAACGUGCAAAGUCUGACUCUCCUCAAGAGGCUCGCCGAGUGGACCCCGAGCCGCCAGAGCCCGCCCCUCGGCUCAGUAUGCGUCAGGGAAGUGUUUCUACCCAGGAAACCUCCCGUCCAGUGCCGACCUCGGCUGGGUCGGCGACUCCACAGCGAGACGGAGACAUCCCAACUCUGGUGCGCGACCUGAACCAGUUUCUGGACACUACCAUGCAGACUCUCAGCUCUCCGGGCGCCCAGAGGCGGCAGGCGGCGCUGGCCCGUGCGGAGGCGGCCUCUGUGCCCUCUGCCGGCUGGUCAUGCAGCCGGUGCACCCUCAUCAACCGAGCGGUGCUCUCAGCCUGUCAGGCUUGUGGCUCGCGGCGGCCCGGCGCGCCCGACUGGAGUGCCGAAAUGCAGCGCUACUUUGGCGGCAGUCCGCCGCAGCCGACACCUCGAAAGGAGAGUCUGGGUGUCGUACAGGGUGGCGUGGCGCACCGUUUGGGUACGUUCCCUGGUCAGGGUUCUCUGGGUACACGGUCUCUGAGUCGGGAUAGCGCCUCGCCUCGUCGACCAAUGCCUGCUCGUGGUGAUCACCGCAGCCUGGAGCUGGGUGAUGAUACGAUGAACGCCUGGGGUAGCGGUGGGAGGCAGACGGUGGAGAAAGAGGAGGGUAACAAACGGCGCACGGCGAACGGACCUGUGACCCUGGCCGGGAGUGUAUUCGGAUCGGCAGGAGCCGCGACAAAGGAUCGUCAGGAAGCUACUAGUCGCAGAGCGGAACCGAAAGAAUCGCUCACCGCCGCCGACCGGCGCAGUUUCUUCAGCGAUUCUCGGGGUUCAGGGCCCAAUCAGAGAGAAACUCAGCCUGAACGAGCCGAGCCGGCCGUCAAGAAACGCCCUAAUCUACCAUCGACGUUUGUGGCUCAGUUACUGCAGCGGGAGGCAUCUCAGGCAACACCGUCUGCCCCGUCAACAUCAACAGAGUCUGCCUCCCGCCCGUCAACGAGUGAUGAGCCAGACAUGGAUGAGGUGCGCCGCGCUCGGCUGGCGUUCUUCGCUCAGCGGCAGGCGGCACGCGGCUCGCAGGAGCAGCAGGCCGCGGCGCCGACGCCCUCAGGAGAGGACAGUCACCGGUCCAGCUCAGCGUCGCUCUCUGCUGAUCCCACGGACGCUGACGAUGCUGACGAUGAAUCAGAGUCAGACUCGACAUCGAUGUCCGGUCAUCUCCGUCCCUCUGAGUCGCGGUCUUCGAAUGUGGCUCCUGCUGCUGCUGCGAUCUCCACUCCGCCGACCGCCGGUCCGGCCACUCCUGCCCCGGCGCCAUCUGCGCCGCCUCUGGGUACUCUAGGACGCGCCUACAGCGCUGCUGAACCUUCACUCCCAGCCAUCAAGGAAGCCUCUCCUUCUGACUAUCUAGAGGAGACUCGUGGCGCGGCGCCGCCGCUCACUGUACACGAGUAUGAAGACGUGGAGGUCGCCCCGCGUCCCUGGAAGCUCUCUCCGGCUGAGAAGGCUCGCCGCCGGCCGGCUGGUAAGCCACAGUGGCGUGGCGACUCACUUAUUGUGCCGGACGGUCGCGGAGGCCGCGUGCGCUGUGUGGUGGAGCGGGACUCGACUGCCCCUCAGUUUGUGAUAAGAGAUGGUGUGUUGUACAGUCAGCUACCUACUCCGGCAGCGGUAGAGAGCCGUGCGCUACCGCCGCGAGACGCCGUUGCUCCGGCACCGGCGCCCCCUUCGACAGAUUCGGCGCCCGCACCGGAGCAACAAAAAGAGAAGACAACGACGGCGACUACGGCGGCAACGGCGGCAGCGGGCGCAGAAGAGGAAGCAGUAGACCCGGCCGGCGCUACCUGCAACGGUCCAACCAGCUCGGCUCCCCUCCCCACAGAUGUCAGCACUGCCGCGGACAGCGGCGGCGGCGGUGGCGCUGCCGACCGUCCAGAGCGUCUGGAGCCCGACCAAGGCUGCUCGGACCUGAUGCUGGAGCUACAGCGCGCCAUCGACUGUGGUCAGCACAGGGAGGCAGCGGCGCUGGCCCGCCGGCUGGCGGCUCUGAAGGCAGAGAAAAGCCGACUGGCCAGCACAGUUAUAACUGUGAACUUAUUCGUCGAGGACCGCAAGUGUCACGUGGGCCCCAUUCCGCUCCGGCUGUCACCUCUGAUGGCCGUGCACGAGCUCAAAACGCAGAUUGAGCGCGACUAUGCGCUGCCGGUGUCGUGCCAGCGCUGGAUCCUGGACAGCCGGCUGGUGGAACCAGAGGCCGAACAGCGCAGUCUGGUGGAGAGUGGGGUCAGCGACGGGUCGGCCGUGUACUUGUACCUUACCGUACCACCAGGGGCGGCCGACGUCUACCGGGACCGACCCAUCUCCACGGCUGCUCUGUUCCGCGCCACGCCGCCGCCCAGCGCCCCCGAGCCCGCUCCCGCCCCUGCCCCCGAGUCCGCCCCCGCCCCCGCCCGGGCCACGGCGGGCGGCCGACAACCGUCAGCCAGCGGCGACGAGUUUCACGACGCCGACGAUGGCUCGGAAGGCGCUUCGACGGCGACGACGACGGCAAUUAAGGCACGUGACGUCAAGCGAAGUUCCGUCACGGACGCUGCACAGAGUCCCUCAAAGGGAGAGACGGUUGAGAAUGGGGUCCAAAGCCGGAGUCGGCUAUCGGGCGUGCCGAACGGAGUGGACGCGGAGACUUGCAUGAGUGAUGUGACAUCUACCGGCGGAGAUGGGAAACAGAAGUGCUGUGAUGCGACGGAAGGGGCGCGCGUGUCGCCGGUGGAGAGGCGAGCCGAUGCGGAGGUGCCGCCGCCGCUGCCUGCCAAGAGGCGCCAGCUGACGGGCGUGACGUCACCGCCGGGCUCGCUGCAACUGUGCACAGCUGCGGACGCCGAGCUCAAUAGAGAGCGGGAUCUCAGCUCUACAUCAGGUGGCGGCUCCACCCAGCAGACCUCAGCCAGGGAGCGCUCGCCACCAACCGGCACCGUACCCUCCCUGCCAGCGGUCUCCCAUCCCCUCCCCACCACUCCAGACCCUUCAACCGCUGCUGCCGCAAGGUCGGGGUCUGUACAGACUGCCGAGACAGUGUUCGAUGGUGGAUCCACGUUCGAACAGAGCGGUCUAUUGGCGGUGCGCGAUGGGGCCUCUCCUCCGCCCCCGUUGCCUGCCAAACAGCGCUCACCGAGCUCUCUGAGGCGGCGUGAGACGGUGGAGAAAGCAGGGAGCGGCAUCGACCAAUCGAUAGCGGGGCAUGUGUCAGGACAGGCGUCAUCAAGUCAGGUGCCACCAGGACAGGUGUCAUCAAGUCAGGUGUCAUCAGGACAGGCGUCAUCAAGUCAGGUUUCAUCCGACCAUCUGUCACCAGAACAGUCGUCUGCCAGACGCGUACAACCGGAGCCAGGUGGCGCAUCGCUCAAGCUACCGGGUAUCGCCGCCCUGGUUCUGCGAGACGACGGGACGCCCAUGAAUGCUGCAUCAGCGGGGAGCGGGGUUAGGACGACAGACGUGACAGUGUCGUCUCUGCAGGGUAGGGCUGCGCCCUCCACGGCGGGGUUUGGAUCGGCGGUGCCUGGAACGAGGACGGACGGUGAUUCUGGGGACAAGAAAAGCUGCAGCGGACCAAGCUCGUCUCAGCUGACGAAUGGUGUAGCGUAUGGUGACCAAGGACCGGUAGGUAGCCAGAAUUCGAAACUGGCCCCCGUUAAAACCUCGACUCAAUCGUCUAUGAAGUCUGAUUUGUCACCAUUUACAACGCAGAAGCCCAUUACGGGUACGGGCGUCCAUACCAAUGCCUACAUUUCUUCCAUUUCGUCAACCGCUAAUACUGGUUCUAACGAUACAUACAGUAGUCCACCGACCUCCCCCACGCCAUCCACAUCUUCCACUGCCUUUGCCACGUCCUCUUCCCCCUCAGCAUCCGCAUCUCCUGCCCCCACCCCUGCCCCUACUAGUCGGAAUACAGCCAGCUCCUCUGUGACAGUGAUGACGGCUUUAGCACCUGAUAUGCACUCCGAACCAAUGAAGGCCCUCUCACUGGCCGCCUGCGCAGCUGUGAAGGUGACCAGUCCACCGGCUACACUCAUGGCGCCAGGCGUGGCUGAACUUACAGUACAUUCGAAGGUGGCGUCUGACGUCACAGGAAAGCCAAAGGCUGACGUAACAGAAAAGCCGAAGACUGGUCUAUCUGAGGUUAAGACUCAGUCAAAGUCGGUGCAAGCACCCAAUGGGACUGUUCCUCAGCAUAAUGAUUGUGGCGCCAGGGAAACUACAUUAGUGAAAGGGAAGGAACAAGCGGAUGAGAAACACUCUCCAGAGGGAGCUUCGCUGAUGAAUGGUGUAGUGUAUGGAUCGGAGAAGGUUUUGGCGACAAAGGCAGAGUCAUUCAGGGGCUCUGAUGUUCUACAGAGUCCUGGUUUAGUGAGAAGCGUAGUGAGCAGUGUCACGGGUAAGGUAUCUACUGAUGCCUCUUCUACUGCCAAGGAAGCGAAUGUUGCAGCUCCUGUUAGCAAUGCCGGGAAGGCCGGCAGUACAUCUCCUCUGAAUGCUGCUAUUCCCGACAAGAAAGGCCCCUCCCCGAGUGGUAAAGUAGCCUCUCCGGUUUCCCGUGUUCCAGUCGCGACUUCUCGGCUAGCGAACUCUUCUGUGAAGAAGGCAGAACCCUCUAGUACCUCCAAAGAGGUGGAUGCGAGUCCUAAAACUUCAUGUUCCACUGCCAAGGCUACUGCCUCACCAGCAAAUGCGACAACGAUCUCAAAAACCGGCGCCGUGACCAAGACUUCGUCGCCAGCUGCUAAAACGAGCCCAGACGCCUCUCGAUCUCCAUCAGGCUCUUCAGCUUCGUCAUCAGCUGUUGAGACAGCAAACGCUAAACCCACCACAACGACCGUCCAUUCUUCACCCGCCUCCAAAACCACCUCACCUACCACCAAGACCUCACCCCAAGUCACCAGGACGACAGGAGUCGGCUCCAAGUCCUCGCCGAUGGCCAGCCGCCGAGCGGGGGCGGGGGCGGUGGCGGCGGCUCGGGCGGUGCGCCGCCAGUCAUCCGGCUCUGUCCUGGAAAAAGUGGCGCUCUUCUCCGGUGGAGGCGGAACUACAAGCGGAAGCUCAAGCGGAAGCGGAAGCGGGGCUACAAGCGGAGGUGGAAAGGUGGCGCCUUCGGCCGGUGCGGUACCCAACUCCAACUACGCUGCGCACCUGGAGGCAAUGCGCCAGCAGCUGGUGCCGAACGCCGAGCGGUUCGAGUGUCCGGUGUGUAUGCUGGACGUGGAGCCGGCGGCCGGCGUGGUGCUGAGGGAGUGUCUGCAUAUGUUCUGCAGGGAAUGUCUGGAGGGCACAGUGACCCACAGCGACACAGCAGAGGUCAAAUGUCCCUACAUGAGCCCGGAAUACAGCUGCCAGAGUCUCCUACUGGAGAUCGAGAUCAAAGCGCUGGUGAGUCCGGCCGAGUACGAGCGUCAUCUGGCCCGCUCUCUGAACCACGCCAAGGCCAACGCUUCCGACUCGUUCCACUGCCGCUCCCCCAACUGCACCGGCUGGUGCGUGUUCGAGGACAACGUCAACGUCUUCAACUGCCCCGUGUGCCGGCGGCCCAACUGUCUGACCUGCAGAGCCAUUCACGAGGACUGUGACUGUAAGACGUACCAGCGGCGACUGCAGGAUGAAGCCGAGACCAGUGAGGACGCCAAAAAGACCCAGCAAUACCUCGAUGACAUGGUGUCCCGCGGCGACGCGCUGCGCUGUCCCAUCUGUGACGUCAUACUGAUGAAGAAGUGGGGCUGUGACUGGGUGCGCUGCUCCAUGUGCAAAAACGAGGUGUGCUGGAUCACUGCCCAGCCACGCUGGGGACCCGGGGGCAAAGGAGACAUUUCUGGCGGAUGCAAGUGUGGUGUGAACGGAAAGAAAUGCCACCCGAAAUGUGUUUACUGUCACUGAGCUGAGGUGCGUUUUCGUAGUAAUUGGUGAAUCUAGUACCGGGCAUUAUCGUCCAUAAAUGAUUAAGGGCGAAACCGUUAUCGUUACGGUUCUGUUGUCACCUAUCGUGUGUGCGCGAGGUGCCUUUACUGUGCUUUCACUUGUUGCCAAACUGCUGAUUGUGUGUCAUUGUGGGUAAGAACGACGCUUAUUGUACAAGAUAACGCUGCCAGUGAUCGUCGAAUUUACCAAAUAUAACAUUUUUUUUUUGUACCAGAA